UUACGCUGGGCGGUAACGGCGGGGUAGCGCUGAGCUUCGCGGUCGGGAACCGGCGGUCGGGCUUGAUACACGAGGCCGAGGGCGGUUGGAGGAGCUGAAUGUACCGAGGGCGUUGCCAUGGAUCCCGCGGGCAAGCUGCCCCCUCCCCCCUUCUUUCAGGGCCAGCAGGAUGCUCCUUUCUCCAAGGCGGGGGAGCUGGGUGGGCCGCGCGCUCCGCCCAUCCUCGGCCCCUCCUUUAGUUUUAAACCCCACGGCACCUUCCCGGCUUCUCUAAACUUGGGCGCCCCGAUGGCCUCCGCGUUCGGGCAGGUUGAGGGCAGCUUCCGAGGGUUCGGGAGGCCGAACGCCCCCAGGCCUAGGGCUGGCGGGCUGGACACCAAGUCGCCGUCCAACAGGCGGCCUCCGUUUUACAUCUCGCAGCCUCUGAGCGUCAGGGAAAUGGCCCUCUUCGCCCCUCCACAGUCCGUAGGCGGCCCCUCCUUCAAUUUCUCCCAGCCGACCAGCAGCGCGAUCCUCUCCGGCCUCUACAGGUCGCCCCGGCCGCCUGCGGCUGCCAGUUUGCCAAACGCCUUCAGCUUUUCGCAGCCGGCGGCCAUGAGCACCGCUCCCGGGGGCUUUCGUUUCGUCCAUCCCAGCCCCGGCAACAGCUCAGCCCCGUUCACCUUUUCUCAACCGAGCUCGGCCGUCUCGCUCGAUCACUCUGUAUCCAACAAGAAAGUGGCUGGUGAAGAAAAAGCAACUCCGAAGUCGGGCUUUGGAGGGACUGAUGCAACGUCGCAGGGCUGUCAUGAGGGGAAACGCAGUGCAACAGCAACCACUCCAACCCCAGCAAAGUUUGGGCUCACUUCCAAACACGAAGGGCAGGAGGGACAGCUGAUGCCCAGGAAGGGGAUGAAAAGGAAAGACAAGCGAGACAGGUCACCAUACCAGCUUGAACUCAGUGCUGCUAAAGAACAAGCCACAGAACCCAAAAACAGUCCAUCUCCAAGGAAACGGCUGUCGAAAGUUACACCAUCAGCGGGAGUCUUCAGUCGCACGCUUCAAGAUGUGUUGAAGGGCAGCAAGAGGGAGUCAAAAAGAGUCAGCACACCUUCAGAAAGUGAAACGAUCGAAAAGUUAAAGCUGUUAUCGGAGACAAGCAUCCCUUUGGAGUGGCCUGCUCCAUUGAGAAAAGAACCAAGAAAGAGAGUCAGAGAUGAUUUUGCCAGCAGAUUUUGCUCUCGGAGGCUACGUCGUAGGGACAGCACAGACAGUCUAUCCGGUGUUCCUUUGUCAGACCUCACCACGAUCCAGUGCAAAAAUGUCCCAGUAGAUUUGAAUACAAAGGAGAUCAUUAAGAAACACUUCUCGCAGUUUGGCAAGGUGCAGCGGGUAUAUUGCCAAACCAGUAAGGGACUGGCAGUGGUUCACUUCUCUGAUCACGCAUCUGCGUCCAAUGCAAAGAGAAAAGGAAAAACACUUCACAAGAAACAGAUUGAAAUAUUUUGGCAACGGAAAAAGAACAGUCCUGGGAAAAAGUCUUCACUGGAAAAAGAAGUACUGAAAGGCAAUGAAGAGAAACACAGCAAGGAUAAGGUUAACUUAGAACAAUCAUCUCCACGCAAUCCACCUCCAAGAUCAUCUUCCGGAGCUCCUGUGAGCAAGUCGCCUGUGAAGAAACCAUCUGCUUUGAAGACUCUGCAGUCAGAGAAAGAAUCUCAGGAUCCACAAGAGUCUGAAGAUCAGGUAUCAAUUCCUGAACAUGUGGGGGCGCUACCUUCCUCCCUCAGUCAUCUAACUGGUACAGUUGCCAUUACUGCUGAAGACAAAUACAGGGUACUUGACCAGAGGGACAAGUUAAUGAGACAAGCUCGAGUGAAAAGAACUGAGCUGGAGAAGGCAAAAGCUGUCGUGGGGACAUGUUUGGAUAUGUGUCCAGAAAAAGAGCGUUACAUGAGGGAGACAAGAUACCAACUUAGCUCUUUUGAGACUAUUCCUGGCACUGAUAAGGUUAACCAUGAAGCUGCCAUCAAAGAAUAUAGCAGGUCAUCUGCAGAUCAGGAAGAACCUUUACCCCAUGAGCUUCGGCCUGCUCCUGUCCUGAAAAUGACUAUGGAUUAUCUUGUGACAAAGAUCAUGGAUUUGGGCGAAGGCAAUUACCGGGAUUGGUAUGAUUUUGUAUGGAAUAGAACUCGUGGAGUAAGAAAGGAUAUUACUCAGCAGCAUCUCUGUAAUCAGCUGACAGUGGCACUUAUUGAGAAAUGUACACGGUUCCACAUCCACUGCAGUCAUCACCUUUGUGAGGAGCCAAUGUUCUCCUAUGAUGCCAAAAUAAAUGAUGAAAAUCUGACUAAGUGCUUGCAAAGUCUAAAAGAAAUGUACCAGGACUUGGCAACUAAGGAUACCUACUGUGAGAAUGAGGCAGAGUUUCGAGGCUACCACGUGCUACUCAAUCUCAAUGAGGGAGAUAUUCUCCGAGAAGUCCAGCAGUUGCGUGCAGUUGUCCGGAACUCCCCAGAGGUGAAAUUGGCAGUCCAGGCCUUUGCUGCUCUUAACAACAACAACUUUGUGCGAUUUUUCAAGCUGGUUAGAUCAGCCUCUUAUCUCAAUGCUUGCAUAUUGCACCGUUACUUCAAACAGAUACGUCGUGAGGCUUUGAAGACUUUGACUUUUGCAUUCACAGUCAGUUCUCAGCGAUCUACAAUGUUUCCAAUGGAGACUCUUGUUCGAAUAUUGCUGUUUAAAGAUUGUGAGGAGGCAGAAGAAUUCACCAAGGAUUAUGGUCUAAGUUUAAAUGAUGGAUGUGUUGAGUUGAACCGAUCAGCGUUAUCUGAUCCAGAUUAUCCAUUGUUGCCCAAGAAGUCCCUGUUUAUUGAUCAGAAACGGACUACUCUGAUUGGGGAGGUCGUGAAUGGAGGACCUCUACCCCUAUUUACACCACACGCCCCUAUUUUGAGCUUUGACAGUCAAGGGCGAUAUAUUGGGGAGAGCCGUGAGUCAAAUAUUGCUGGCCAGAAACCAAUCGUGAGUGAAGAAGGUGGUCAAGAAGCAGCAAAAAAAGUUGAAACUCCACUUAUUACAUCGUCUGUACCACUAGAGAACCAAACUUCAGCCCAAGAAACGCCUGCUGUCGCACAGUGCUCUCCGCCAUCGCCAUUGCCUCAGAUUGCUGCUCCAGUGGUUGUGCUGGUGCCUAUCGCCCCUCAGGUGCCUGCUGUGCCUAUCGCCCCUCAGGUGCCUGCUGUGCCUAUCGCCCCUCAGGUGCCUGCUGCACCUCCACCCAAGCCUCAACCAGUCUAUUCUGAAAAGAUGAUAGUCGAAGUCGUCAAAGAUGUGGUAAAUGAUAUAGUGAAGGAUGUUCUCCGCGUGGAGUGUAAAGAACUGGCAAAAGCAGGGUCAGCUUUUGCUGCUGAAGCCAUCAGUUUGUCAAACAGAUCGUCGGAGGAGCUGAUAGCAGAAGUUACCAAGGAUAUGCUGAUGCAGACUUCAUCUGAGGAGCUUCAGGCAGAGAGACAGAGGAUUGAAGAUGAAAAACGCAGAAUUGAACAGGCCAGAUUGAAGAAGGAACGGGAGUUGUGGAAGAGCCAGUACAGUCAAACACUGUGUGAGGAAAUUACAGAGCAAGUUGUGGAUUACUCUGUAAGAAAAUGUGCUAUUCAGGAGCUAAGGCUUGCAGUGGAGGUGGACAGGCGAGCCCGGAUUAACCGCUGUUCAACAGAGUUCUGCAGCUGCCUCAUUAAAGAAACACUGGACAGUGAGAUCUUCCAAGUAGUGAAGGAGACUCUGCAGGAAGUGCAUUGUUUCUGCAAAUAUUUAAAGAAAUGGAGAGCUACUGCAGAAGCUCGGAAACGCCUGAGGAAUGAAAUGUGGACAUUCCCAGCAGCUCCAGGCAUGGCUGGCCCCAACUGCAAACUGAGUCACCACCUGGAGAAUCCAGACCUGCCACACGAUGACAACCUCAGCAUCUCAUGUCUCCGGUUGCUGCAGAGGAGGAAGGAGACUGCUCAUCAAAUGAAGGUUCAAAACUUCUACCAGCAGCUCCUCUGUGAAGCUGCCUGGACUCCUUUGGAUUUGUUCACAUUGGUGGCAGAUAACUUCCCAACUCGUCAAGACAAAAUCUUCUGGAAGGUUGUUCUGCUGUUGCCAAGUGAUGAUGAAUAUGGACUUAGUGAUAACAACAGAACUUUGAUUGAUUGGCUGAAAACAAAAUUCCAAGGAACUGAAAAGCUGGAUGAUGCUGAUAAUGUCAUUCAGACACAUCUAUGUGAAGCAGUGAAGAAGGACGAAGCAAUUGACGUAAUUGUGCACAUCUGUGUUAAGUUGACUAAAGGCCCUCUAAGUGACACAGACGUGGAUGCAAUGGAACAGCGGAAGGAACUGCUGGGAACAUCUGCUCUGAUCCUCUUGCUACCAGCUCAAGAAGAAGGCACUGACCAGGAGGAAGAGGAAGUGUACUGGCUGUCAGCAAUGCUGCAAGUCAGACAACUUUUACAAGCUAAACCUUUAAAUCCUGCAGUUCCACUGGUCAUCCUUGUUCCGUGCGAAGAGAUAUCAUUGAAUGAGAAAGAGGUGAUAGAAGGUCUAAAACUUGAAGCGCUGGUGGCCACUCACCUUGUGUCUGAGUAUUUGAUUGUCCUGAUCCCGGGAAAAAGCAACUACCUUCAGGGAUCAAACAAGGUCUCUGAAGCUGUGAGGUGGCUGGCCUCACGUUGUCCAUCACCACCAGAGCUUUGCUGCCAGACUCUGAUCCAGUUCAUUGAGGAUGGGCUGUGCCGAGGGUUUAGUGACCAGUUUUACAAUGAUAAAUCUGAAAGGCAACAGGCUGCAUUGCCUUCCCAGGAUCCCAGCUUCAUCAUUGAGUUUUACAACAAUGUGCUGCGUUUCCUGGCAGAGGUUGUGUCCUCUGAACAACUGUACAACCUUUCUUGGCCAGUUGCUGAAUUCUGUGGACCUGUUGCUCAUGAAAUAGUGGCACACAAAGAAUGGAAUUCCAAUAACCACCUAGCCUGGCUAAGGAAUGCAGUGCUGUCUUUUCAGCUGCCAGUGAUGGAUCUCCCUCCCUUGAUUGCUCCAUGGGCUAAGGUUUGUGAUAUGAUCUUCCAUUACGUGUGUCAGGUCCCAGUGUCACAGCAAACUCGCCCACUGCUGCUUUCAAGGGUUGAGCACCUCCUGAACACAGUCUAUAGCAAAUGGAGAGACAGCUGUCCUUUGACGUUGGAAACCUCGCUUUAUGAGGGGCCAUUGGUUUCAGAAAUACCUUGGGAUGAAAUUGUUCUCAUAUGCAUUGACCAUCGAUUGAGAGAAUGCGUAGCCCCAAAACAACCUUGUGCUUCAGAAGCUAUAAGUGAAGAUGGUCAGAUCCUAGUCUAUUAUUUUCAGGACGAUUUGAAAAAAUAUAAAUGGCCUCCAUUGUGGGAACAGGCACGAUCAAAUACCCAGAUGGAAAUCCAAGAAGCCCCUCAGAGAUUGCCACAGAAGCAGGCAUACUCCUCAGUUAAGCAGAGGUCAGAAAAGCGAUCAUACACUAUAAAGGACAGUUCUGAAGAAACCCUUCAGGACAGGACUCCUUCUGCUUUGGAUAUUACCCAUACUGCUACAGCAGCAGAACUUCUACCAGGACGAUUGCUGUCCGAAAUUGAAAUAGAAAGAAAGGAGAAUAAAAGGUGUGAGGAGCAACUGCAUCGCUGGCUGGAUGAGGGCCCAUUUGAUUCGAUUGCUUUACCCGUUUACCUCCCACAGAGUUUGGUUUCUGCUGAAGUUGUUGUCCCCAUGCACAGAGUGUCUACUGUAACCACACUACAGGAGGAUGCUACUAACGGACACACUAAGGACAUCAGUAUGAAUAACUCAGAUUGGCUAAAUGAUUCAACAAUGACCUUAUCAGAUAAACUGAAAGAGUUUAAAAGAUUGAUCCAAACCAAUCAAGAGGAAGAACUGGUUUGUGAGCGUCACCUGUCUCUCUUACUAGAAGUAGCUGACACCUGAUGGAACCAGCAGACAAGCUGGUGUUUGACAUAUAUUAUAGACACUGCUUGAGUGGAGCUUCACUGAAGCUUGAGAACUUUUCUCAUUUCCAUUGUUCUGCUCCUUCAAAUAUUCAUUCAAUAUUUGUUGCUGCCAAUCAUGUGAUUUAAUCUACAACUUGAUACUCCAGACAAUGUUUUAACUGGAUUUCAUUCAACUUACUCCCAACUAUUUCUAUAAAAUUUCUUUCUUUAGCUACUGAAACUUUUUACUUUGAUUGCAGAGAAUCAACUUUGCACCUGUUAUGUUUUAGUAAAGUUAUGCUUAUUAUUGAAAUGUGGUGAUAUGUUACCUUGGUUUGCAGGGUUUUUUUUCCAGUGAAAGGAAUUGUAAGAUGUUGACAAGGAUAACUUGCAAGCACAGUGUUAAGAUCUGUAGAUACCAUGCAAAAUAAGGCAGCUUCAACAAUAAGCGUUAGGAUGAUUUUGUCUGCUGGUUUUUAGUACCUUUAUAACACUUGAAUAUGCGAACUACUUAGAUCAUUUAUCCUAUUUCAGAAAGGUAAAGAGGAAAAAUCAAGUUCAAACAUGGUAUUGCACUGACAGCUUUAAAAGGAACUGAAAAGUUUGUGGUGCUUUGUAUUAUGUACAGUAUUUUUUUGAGACCACAAUAGUCUUUUUAAAAAGUGUAGCAGCUUCCCCAAAGGAAUGGAAAAGACAUUGUUGGUCAUGACAUCUGUAAGUUUCCUAUUUAGAGUUUUAACCUUUUUCAAAUGUAGAUAAACUGUCAGACAUGUUUCCAGAUAUUUGUUCUCAUUCCUUUCCAGUAAAAGGUUAGGUACAUGUAAAGAUUCAAUUUACAUCUGUAUGCUUUAAUGGACAUGGGAAUUAUCUGUUAUAUAAUGUAAUGCUUUAAACAUGAUUAAAAUGAUUGAUCUUGCAUCUAUUUGAAAUGACUGGCUGUUGUCUGGUACAGCAAAUGAAUAGGAGCAAGUAAUCACACGGUGGCUUCAAGUUACAAUUUGUUACACAUUCCAGGUUGAUUUGUGUUAAUGUGUAUUCCAACAUUAAGCAUAAAAACGGACAAAAUAGUGGAUACUGUAAGUCAAAAACAAAAAUCACUGGAAAGGCUCAGCAGGUGUGGAAACAUCAGUGGAGAGAAAUCCCGAGUUAACAUUUGGGGUCAAGUGACCCUCUGGGCUGAAAAAGGGAGACGUUGAAUUGGAAAGUGCAAAUUUGACAUUUUACAGGUAAUGCUGGACCGGAGCUUUUCCAGCAAUUUCUGUUUUUGUUUCUGACAUUGUGAUGUACAGCUUGUCUAGAGAUAACUGGCAAUAAACUGUUAACAGUUUUAAAACUGA